CUAGAGAUUCCUCAUUUGGAUUUUAAGCUCUGGACAUGGCUAGAGUAAGGAAAAGCAGUAUACAUUUAAGCAAACUUUGCUCGUUUUCGUGCUGUUGUCGACCACCGAGUACGACCGAUGAACAUGCCAGGAUCGGGCAGAAAGGGUACUCGAGAGUGGUGUAUUGUAAUGAACCUGAUAGUCAAGAGCAAAUUCGUUUGAAUUACAGGGGAAACUAUGUUUCCACCACCAAGUAUACAGCAGCUAAUUUUAUCCCAAAGUCCUUGUUCGAGCAAUUUAGGAGGGUUGCAAAUGUAUACUUUCUCGUCGUUGCUUGCGUUUCAUUUAGUCCGUUGGCACCGUAUUCGGGACCAAGCAUUGUUGUGCCGUUAAUCAUUGUGAUCGGAGCUACAAUGGCCAAAGAAGGCAUCGAAGAUUGGCAUCGAAGAAUUCAGGAUGUAGAGGCAAACAAUCGACAGGUUGAAGUUUAUGAUGGAAAUGGCUCAUUCAAAGAAAUCAAAUGGAAGGACAUCUGUGUUGGUGACCUUGUCAAGGUGCAUAAGGAUGAAUAUUUUCCUGCUGAUCUAUUCUUACUUUCCUCCGGCUACCAAGACGGUGUUUGUUAUGUCGAGACGAUGAACCUUGAUGGAGAGACUAAUUUAAAGUCGAAACAUGCCUUAGGGGUAACAUCCGUCAUUCGUGAUGUAGAGACUGUUAAGGGAUUUAGAGCUGUGAUCAAGUGUGAGGACCCGAAUGAACAUCUUUAUUCAUUCAUUGGAACAUUGUACUAUGAAUGUCAACAGUACUCACUUUCCCCACAACAAAUCCUUUUGAGAGGUUCUAAACUGAAGAAUACUGAUUACAUCUAUGGCGUAGUUAUUUUCACCGGACAUGAUACGAAAGUAAUGCAGAAUGCUAUGGACCCUCCUUCGAAGAGGACUAGGAUUGAGAGGAGGAUGGAUAAGAUAAUUUAUGUCCUUUUCAUCACUCUGAUUUUGGUAUCAUUCAUAGGGUCUCUAUCUUUCGGAAUUGAGACUAAAAAAGAUAAUGGUGGAGAUUACAGACGGUGGUAUCUCCGACCAGAUAGCACAACUGUAUUCUUUGACCCGAGGAGACCUUUGGUGGCUGCAUUUUUGCAUUUCUUGACGGGUCUGAUGUUAUACGGGUAUUUGAUACCUAUAUCAUUGUAUGUUUCCAUUGAGAUUUGCAAGGUUUUACAAAGCAUUUUCAUUAACCAAGACCAGGCUAUGUAUGAUGAGCAAACCGAGAGGCCGGCACAUGCUCGGACUUCGAAUUUGAAUGAGGAACUCGGUCAGGUCUAUACCAUACUCUCCGAUAAAACUGGAACUUUGACAUGUAACUCGAUGGAGUUUGUGAAAUGCUCAAUUGCUGGCACUGCCUACGGUCGUGGCAUGACCGAGGUAGAAGUUGCAUUGGCUAGGAAAAGUGGUGAGAUAUUGGAUGAACCAAUGGCUAUAGAUGCAGUGGAAUCCGGAGAAUAUGUUAAGGGCUUCAACUUCCGGGAUGAACGCAUUAUGGACGGGAAAUGGAUGGAUGAACCUCACUCGGAUGUCAUACAGAAGUUCUUUAGGGUCUUAGGAACAUGCCAUACAGCCGUCCCUGAAGUAACAGAAUCGGACCAGAUUGUUUAUGAAGCCGAGUCAGCCGAUGAAGCAGCCUUUGUCAUUGCAGCACGAGAAGUCGGUUUUCAGUUUUUCGUAAGGGAUCAAACCAGCAUACAACUGCAUGAAUUGGAUCCUAUUAGUGGGAAAACAGUUGACAGAGUAUAUGAGCUUCUUAAUGUGUUGGAGUUCAGUAGUGCUCGCAGAAGGAUGUCUGUAAUCAUAAGGAGCCCGGAGAAACAGUUAUUGCUCCUUGCUAAAGGUGCAGACAGUGUGAUGUUUGAAAGGCUUUCAGAACAUGGCCGGAUGUUCAAGGUGCAGACCAAGGAGCAUAUCGAAAGAUAUUCCGAGGCAGGGCUACGAACCAUGGUUGUUGCUUAUCGUGAACUCGACGAUGAUGGGUAUAAAAUGUGGGAACAAGAAUAUGCAAAGGCCAAAACUUCUGUAGGUGCUGAUCGAGACGAUUUGUUGGAUGAAUUGGCUGACAGGAUUGAAAGGGAUUUAAUCCUUCUCGGUGCUACAGCUGUUGAAGACAAACUACAAAAGGGGGUCCCAAGCUGUAUUGACAAGCUUGCACGGGCUAGAAUUCGGAUAUGGGUUUUGACCGGCGACAAGAAGGGAACUGCUAUUAAUAUAGGGUAUGCAUGCGGUCUACUAAGACCUGGAAUGAAACAGAUUGUGAUCACGCUCGAGUUACCACAAAUUGAAGAGCUUGAGAAACAAGGGGAUAAGGACAUCAUUGCACAGGCUUCUCUUGAAAGUGUAGAACAGCAAAUACGUGAUGGAAAAUCUCAAGUAGCUAAAGAAAGUUCGACUGAGUUUGGUUUGAUUAUCGAUGGCAAGUCCUUGUUUUUUGCUGUGGACGAGAAUCGUGUAAACUGCUUUAUGGAUCUAGCAAUGAGUUGUGCUACUGUUAUAUGUUGUCGAUCUUCCCCAAAACAAAAAGCUGUUGUUACUAGACUGGUGAAAUCUGUAACAGGUAAAACAACACUAGCAAUCGGUGAUGGUGCAAACGAUGUCGGCAUGAUUCAAGAGGCUGAUAUCGGAGUCGGCAUCAGCGGUGUUGAGGGGAUGCAGGCUGUGAUGUCAAGUGAUUUUUCAAUUGCUCAAUUUCGUUUUCUGGAAAAUUUAUUAUUGGUUCAUGGCCAUUGGUGUUACAGGCGAAUCGCAAUGAUGAUAUGCUACUUUUUCUACAAGAACAUCACUUUUGGAUUUACUUUGUUUUGGUUUGAGGUCUAUGCUUCUUUCUCCGGUCAGCCAGCUUAUAAUGAUUGGUACAUGUCGUGCUAUAAUGUUCUGUUCACUUCACUUCCGGUAAUAGCCCUUGGUGUUUUCGAUCAAGACGUUUCAGCCAGUCUUUGCCUUGAGCAUCCUUUAUUGUACCAAGAGGGCGUACAGAACAUCCUCUUCCGAUGGAUCCGUAUACUUGGCUGGAUGUUCAAUGGAGUUCUUAGUUCCAUAAUCAUAUUCUUCUUAACCAUCAACUCGAUAACUGGUCAAGCAUUCCGCAACGAUGGUCAUGUCGCCGAUUAUUCGGUUCUCGGGCUUACAAUGUACACAUGUGUGGUUUUGACUGUAAAUUGUCAAAUGGCACUCUCAAUCAAUUACUUCACAUGGAUCCAGCACCUCUUCAUAUGGGGCAGCAUCACCCUCUGGUUUAUAUUCUUGCUGGUUUACGGUUCGAUUCCGCCGCCAUUGUCUACAACGGCAUACAAGGUUUUUAUCGAAGCUUGCGGUCCAAGCAUUCGAUUUUGGCUCACCGCCCUUCUCGUUGCCAUUACUACAUUGCUACCUCUGUUCACCUAUAGGGCUUUCCAGACCCGGUUUCGACCUAUGGAACAUGAUAAAAUACAAACACGAAGAUCAUAAGACAUUUCGUUGACUUUGCCUUCA